AUGAUGAAUUCUUCACUGAUUCAAUUGAACGACUUACCUACUGAAAUUGUUUUGAUUAUCUUAAAAUAUUUGUCAAAUGUUGACGUACUUUACUCUUUAAUGGGUGUUAAUAAGCGAUUUAAUAAAAUAGUACAUAACCAUACUUUUACAGAUCAUUUAGAUCUCUUUCGAAUAGUACCAAAGCAUUUAAUUGAAAUGAUAUCCACGUCAAAGUACUGUAUUUUACCAUUACUUGAUCCAAUACUUGGUCGAUUUUGUUCGGAAAUUUUACCUGAAAUUCAUGAUAAGAUCAAAUUUCUUAAUCUAGAAUCAUUUUCAAUGGAACGUGUUCUUCUUGCUACGACAUAUCCUGAUUUAUUUGGCCUUGGUUUAUAUGGGAUUGAAGGAGAAACAGCGAUUGAUCUUUUUUCAGAUCCAAAUCUCUUCACUUAUUCUUUGAAAAAUCAAGUUUCAUCACUUGUUAUCGAUAUGAAUAUUAAUACGAACGAAACGUUAGCGGAUGAUAUAUAUGCUCUUUUAUUGACGCGUAUCUUUACUACAUUCCGAAAUUUACGAUUGUUAGCUGUUAAUCCAUCUCCAGUUUCAUAUCUAUAUUUAUCCAUCAAUAAUUUCCCUUCAACUUUCAAUUCUUCAACGUUGGUGGAAUUAUACGUUGGUUUGAGCAGUUUUAACGAUUGUCUUUUAAUUCUUGAUGGACGUUUCAAUCAGCUUUCUAUAUUUCAUGUUAAGAUUGAAACGAUUCGUUGCUCAAGUUUGCUAAUCAAUAAUAAGGAAAAAUUACCUAAUUUAAAAUCGUUUGCACUCUAUACUGUUUAUUGUACAAAUAGUUACAAUGAAUUAAUUGUACCACUUUUACAUCGAAUGACAAAUUUAGAAAGACUUGAUUUAUCUUUUGUUGGUUAUGCAACAAAAUCAUUUAUUGAUGGUAAUAAUUUAAAGCAAAAUAUAAUCUAUCAUAUGGCACUGUUAAAGAAAUUGACAUUUAAUAUUCGUUCAUUUUGGUUUGAUAGUCCAAUGAAUAUACCAUCAAAUGAAGACAUUCAACAAGCCUUCAAAGAUUUUAAAGAUAUGCAUAUCAUAUCUUGUGUUGAUUACUUUCAAAAAAGAAAAUAUAGUCAAUGUCUUGUUUAUUCAUAUCCAUAUAAAUUACAACAUUAUCAUGAAAUUACAAAUCAGUUUCCUGGUGGCUUAUUUACAUACGUGCGCGAAGUCAUAUAUGAUGAAUAUCCAUUCGAACAUGAAUUUUUUCUUCGCAUUGCUCGAUCAUUUCCAUUAGUAGAAAAAUUAACUUUAAUUAAUAAAAAAAAAAAAAAAUUAAUAGGCGAAUUCAAAAUCAAAAACAAGAUUUAA